AAUAUGUCCUCCUGCCCCCCACACCUGUUUGUUCUGGCCCAGUAACCUGCCCAUUUCUCCAACAGAGGUUACAGCCUCUGGAGAUUACCAUCAAAGAUAAGAACUGGCUGUGGUCAAAGGUCUUGGGGUACUUUCCUCUUCUCUGGGGCAGAGGAAGUAUAGGGAACCCCAAACCCAGCCUGGAAUGACUUGGGGGUGUGGGGCCAAAGUCCUGAUGGGGGUGUGGGUGUAGGUGUGGGGGAAAUCUGUCCAAACAGAUGGGAGGGGAAGGAAGGGGUAGCCAUCCCCCACAGCCCUGCUGCCACCACACCCAUGACACCCCUUCCCUGCCUUCCCACGGUAUAAGAGACAUCGCCGGCACAGUCCCUGCCCAACUCCAGACUCCGGCUCUUUUUCCUCCGCUGCCAGCGUCCUUCUGUCCAUUCCAAUAUGGCCUUCUUGCCCCCUCCUGGCUAUCAGCCCUAUUACAACCCGACUCUCCCAUACAACAGAGAGAUCCCAGGGGGCCUGCGCUCAGGGAUGUCCAUCUAUGUCCAAGGAGUGGCUAGUAGCCACAUGAAGAGGUUCCAUGUUAACUUUGUAUUGCCUGGGGGCGACAUUGCCUUUCACUUCAACCCGCGGUUCGACGGGUGGGACAAGGUCGUUUUCAACACGAAGCAGGGGGGCAACUGGGGGAAAGAGGAGAGGAAGAGAAGCAUGCCCUUCCGUAAGGGGGACGCCUUUGAGCUGGUCUUCACGGUGCUGGACGAACACUACAAGGUAAUAGUAAAUGGUAGCCCCUUCUAUGAGUAUGGACAUCGGAUCCCUCUACAGAAGGUCACCCAUCUGCAAGUGGACGGGGACCUGGAGCUUCAAUCCAUCAACUUCCUUGGAGGCGGCCCUUCCCCAGGCCCGUUUCCUAUGGGAAUCCCAGCACACCCAGGUCCAGGACCAGUUCAUGGAAGGUCACCCCAUGAAUUACCGACCAUGGAAGGACCACCAGUCUUCAAUCCGCCUGUGCCAUUCUUGGGGCGGAUCCAGGGUGGCCUCACACCCCGAAAAACCAUCGUGAUAAAAGGACUGGUGACCCAACACGCCAGCAGUGUCACCAUCAACUUCAAGGCGGCCCAGUCAAAUGACGUGGCCCUGCAUAUUAACUCCCGGCUACCUGAAGGUGUCGUGGUCCGCAACAGCUACCUGGGUGGCAAGUGGGGGAAAGAGGAGAGGAACAUCUCCUUCAAUCCAUUCACUCGGGGCCAGUACUUUGAUCUGUCCAUCCGCUGUGGUCACGACCGCUUCAAAGUCUUUGCCAACGGCCAGCACAUCUUCGAUUACGCCCACCGAUUCGCUGCCUUCCAAAGGGUGGACGCCGUGGAGAUCAAGGGAGACUUGUCCUUGUCCUACGUGCAGAUCUGAGCCUGUGGCAAGGCCCAGCCCAGACAGACUGGGCUCUCAGUGUAUGCUGUUCCUUGUGUUUGGGAGAGCAUUGGUCAUUUUUCCUUCCA